AUGCAGGAACUGCUUCGAGUAAACGGAUAUCCGGACAGAUUCCUCAUAAAUAAUAUGAUGGAGAGAGAAGCAAAGCCCACCACACCCACUCUGGAAAAGAAGACACUAUUCCUCAAAGUCCCCUUUCAAGGGGAUGCAGAGAGUAAGCCUAGCCGUUGUGCCUUCUUCUUCUCCAAUAGCGCGUCCAAUGACCGCCAUGAGUUCCAGCGCUUGACGCCACUGUACAUUUCGGUUACAACUGAGGAGUUGCAAUUGCCUCUUGGUUUCAUACUCACUGUGUACAAAAGUAUAAAUCAGGUGGCGCGCCUACUGCGUCUCAUACAUCGGCCACACAACUUCUACGUCAUUAACGUAGAUAAGAAGAGCCCACUGGAUUUCUAUGUGGCAAUGCAAGAGAUCGCAGAAUGCUUCGGUGCUAAUGUUGCUGUGGUGCCUCGAAAUGAGAGUGUAGAUGUUCACUGGGGCGAUUACACGGUUUUGAAGCAGGAACUUGUGGCGGCACGACUGCUCCUACAAAUGGGGCAGUGGAGGUAUUUCAUAAACCUGACUGGACAGGAGUUGGCCCUCAAGACCAACCUGGAAUUAGUCCUAGCUCUCCGUAUGCUUAAUGGUUCGAACAUCGUGGAGACCACAUAUAAAAAUCGCGUUACAUGGCUCAAAAACUGUGUUCACGUCGUGCUUUUGAGGGAGUUUGUUGCAUUUAUGCUGUAUGACUUGAGGGCACUCGACGUACGAGACAUACUGAUUAGGUAUGCCUACCAGAAUUUUCCGGAUGAACAGUUCUACGGUACGCUUGCCUACAAUCCACAGCUUGGAGCCCCUGGGGCCUGUCUAGGCCUUUACAAAGAUGGUAAAGUUGACACCGACUUUGAACAACGGCCGGGCAUUGUGCGCUUUAAACUGUGGUCUCCAACACCCUGUCUUAAAAGCGCGUCCUCUCCGGGAUCUGAUUACAGCACCACAACUGUUUGCCAACAAGUUCCACGAGGACUAAUAUCCCGAGGGUUACAGCUGUCUGGAGUACGCGAUCGCCAAUCGGAGCUACCAUGGUCCAACGCCCAAUUUUGA